AUGGCCAUGGCUGAGGCCACCGGCGUCGGUGGCGGCGGCGCCGCCGUCGCCGCUGCCACGCUCCUCACGGCGGUCCUCCUCGCCGCCGUGUUCCGGUACCAGCGCCGCCGGCGCGGCGCUGCGGUGAGGGUGGUCCCCGCGCCGGUUGUUCCUGACCGCGAAGGGAGUGCCGCCGUGGACGGCCUGACGGACGUCAUCAUCGUCGGAGCCGGGGUGGCCGGAUCUGCGCUCGCCUACACGCUCGGAAAGGAUGGUCGCCGGGUGCAUGUUAUAGAGAGAGACCUCACUGAACCAGAUAGAAUUGUUGGCGAACUAUUACAGCCGGGAGGCUACCUGAAACUGAUCGAGUUGGGUUUGCAGGAUUGUGUUGAUGAAAUUGACGCACAGCGUAUUCUUGGUUACGCAUUAUUCAAAGAUGGAAAGGACACCAAGCUUCCUUAUCCCUUGGAGAAGUUUGGUUCAGAUGUUGCUGGCAGGAGCUUUCACAAUGGACGAUUCAUACAGAGGAUGCGUGAAAAAUGUGCAACUUUGCCCAAUAUCCAGUUGGAGCAAGGAACAGUUACAACUUUGCUUGAAGAAAAUGGUACAGUUAAGGGUGUGCAAUACAAGAACAAGUCAGGCGAAGAACUAAAAGCUUAUGCACCAUUGACAAUUGUAUGUGACGGCUGCUUUUCAAAUUUACGACGCGUGCUUUGUUCUCCUACGGUUGAUGUGCCAUCUUGUUUUGUUGGACUGGUCUUGGAGAAUUGUAAACUUCCUCACCCAAAUCAUGGCCAUGUUGUCUUGGCCAAUCCUUCACCCAUCCUAUUUUACCCGAUAAGCAGCACUGAGGUUCGCUGUUUAGUUGAUGUCCCUGGUCAGAAGGUGCCUUCCAUUGCAAGUGGUGAAAUGGCAAACUAUCUCAAGACCGUGGUCGCACCUCAGAUUCCUCCAGAAAUCUAUGAUUCCUUUGUAGCAGCCAUUGAAAAGGGAAGCAUAAGAACAAUGCCAAAUAAGAGCAUGCCAGCUGCACCACAUCCAACACCUGGGGCACUUUUGAUGGGGGAUGCUUUCAAUAUGCGACACCCUUUGACUGGUGGAGGAAUGACUGUUGCAUUAUCUGACAUAGUAGUCUUACGCAAUCUUCUCAAACCUCUUCGCAAUCUGCAUGAUGCCUCUUCACUGUGCAAAUACCUUGAAUCGUUCUAUACUCUUCGGAAGCCGGUUGCUUCUACGAUAAACACAUUGGCUGGUGCUCUAUACAAGGUCUUCAGUGCUAGUGCCUCACCUGACAAGGCUAGAGAUGAGAUGCGCCAAGCUUGCUUUGAUUACUUAAGCCUUGGAGGUGUCUGCUCGGAUGGGCCUAUUUCUCUUCUCUCUGGUCUUAAUCCUCGGCCAAUGACUUUGGUCGCACACUUCUUUGCUGUUGCUAUCUUUGGUGUUGGUCGACUAAUGCUCCCUCUUCCUUCACCUAAAAGGAUUUGGAUUGGGGCAAGAUUAAUUUCGGGCGCAUGUGGUAUCAUCUUCCCCAUCAUCAAAGCUGAAGGCGUGAGGCAAAUGUUCUUCCCUGCUACUGUCCCCGCGUAUUACCGUGCUCCUCCGGAAGCGGAGUUCUAAGUGAUGAUGAUAAUGCCUCUGCUGAUAUCUCGCACCACGAUGACAUUUUUCCUGUUCUGGUAGUCGUUCAUCAGUAUUAAGCCUGUAUUGUUUGUACUACUGUCCGAACGGAAUGAGGAACCUGUAUAGUGUCUCCCGUGGGUGUGAAUUCUUUGUUAAAAUUGUGUCACCGGCAUCCAUGUGGAUUCGUCCUAAGUUGUAUGCAAGGAAACAUUCUACUAAUGAACAAGUCACGUCGAUUGAA